CGAAACACGGACGAAUUUAAGUUUAUAUUGGAAAAGAAAAAGUCGCGUUAUUCGUUUAAAUUGUAAUUUUCCACUCGUGUCAUGUGCAUUAUGUACUGUUUAGUUAUUGCAUUGCUUGGUAUAACCAUCACACUGGAUGGAACUAAGGUGUGGUACAAAGGCCAGAAACCUACAAUACUGGCACAUGCUACUACGUCAAAAACAGCAGGAACCAUUGCGUCGACUCAUACUAACGAAGAAUCAGUAACAACUACAACACAUUUAAAUGAUGACAAUACAACAUCAUCCCAGUCAGUGCCAGAGUCCACGUCGAUCACAACAUCUACACUGAAAACAACCUUCAAUGAAAAUGUUAUGGAAACAUCAAUAACAUCUACAGAAUAUCGCAAUGAAACAACAACACUUACAUUGUUAGAGUCAACGUCGCCGACAGGAUCGAUUCCUGCAAUCAUUACCGAUACGAACACUGCUCUUGAAUCAACAACACCAUGUACAGAGGAUGGUCAUACAGCAACAACAAUGCCAAUGUCAGUUUUCACGUCGACUGCAGUAUAUACGACCGACGCAUCAUUUGGAACAGCGAAUUCACGUUCAGCUUUCAUUUUGUACUUAGCCUAUGGAUCUGUCGCAGUUGUCGUUGUUGUGAUUGUCGUAUGCGUUAUAAUCAUCGUCAGAUAUAAAAGAAGAAUCAAUCGGCUGCAAUCUUCGAUUCAAGGACUAGACGGUAGUUCUAAUCGGACAAGAGGGCGUUCAUCUACUGAAUUAUUUGGUUAUGAAAACAUGGCGAUGCAUGACAUUGUCGACAAUGAGUGCGACUGGCAGACAGUGGCCCACAUCCCUCGCAUCACCAGGGGCAGCGUGGAGUAUGCAGUUCCAGUUCCACCAGACAACUACAGUUAUGCAUUUGAGCCAUACGACAGAUCUGUGGAGUCUAACAACGACGCAUCAGCCUUGGGGACAAAGCCGAAAGGUUUGUUUAAAUCAGGCAUUAAAGUUUCCAACGAUGAAGCAGAUACGUGUCAUCCUUAUUUUCGUCUACACCCAUUAACAGAACCGGAAAUUCACGCCACGCCCAAUGAGUCUAGUACAGAUGAUACUCUUUGUGUAGCUAACGGUAAAACUAAUGUUGCCCCGGAAAACACGGCACUACCAAUACACAUUUACAAUCACAUUAAGCUAAAACAAGGCAAAACAGAAUGUGAUGGCGACAGCGGCGUAUUGUGUUCGGAUAAGUUCUCGCACAUUUCGAUUAUGGAUGACAUGGCAUCGGGGAAGAGACAAUAUUAUAAUAUUGUGAACAUACAGAGUGCUAGAAACGAAUCGGUCGACAAUUAUUGUCAUGUCGGACCAAAUAAUACUAGCAUUGAAAAGCACGUGCCUCGCGAUGACUACGAUCAUGUUGCUAUGUGACAGUGAGCUGAAGCAACGCUUGAGUGUCCACUACAUGUACUAACUUAAGGAUAGUUUUAUAUUGCCUAUUCGAAACAAGGGAACACAAUAAUUUAAGGACAAAUAUGAUAACAAAUUGUCUUUUUUAUGUUCAAAUGCAUGUUUAUUGAAUGUGUUAAUGCAGUGCAGUGUUUCUUUAUUCUUCAUUUCUUCAUAUACAAAUAAAGCAGAAGCCUUCUUAAUGUUGAAAAAUCAUUGUACCAGUUAAGUUUGUCGUCAUUAAAUAAACCAAACGUGUUAUUCUCAACUCUCAAUAUUUAUGGCUUCAAUGAAUAUUCCAUGUUAUUCCUGGACCCAUACAAUAUUGCAUAUGAAACAAAAACACGUCUUAACAAACGUUUUAACACUUGUAGGAUGUUUGCAAUUAUUAGAUUAAGCAUGCUAGCAUAGACAGAUCUGGACUUUGCCACCAAUAGUUGACACUCCUCCUCCAGCUACUGUAAAAGGAAAAUCGUCAGUUAUCCAAAAUCACAAACAAAACCAAAAACGCUUUGAUAAUUCGCAAACAAAAUGCAAAUGCUUUUGUAUAGAAUACAACGUAGUUUAAAAGUUUAAACCCUUUCAUAUAAGGUACAGAUCUAAUUAAAUAAUUGAAUAUUAAGUAUGUGUUUAUAUGACGUGAAAGACGUUCAGUCGAAUAAUAGUUCGAGUUCAGCCCUUUCAAGUGUGUAUCUAGACUGUGAUUCGAUAGAUAAUGCGAUUUCAUGAUUCGGCUAUUAAAUCCAUUUAUUAAAAACUUAUAAUUGUUCCAUGUGUGUUUUGUUUCAACCUUGCUUUAUUUGCAUAC